CUCUCUUCAACCUGACCGUCUCGGCCUUUCAGUAAAAAACAUUCGCGUCCCUUUCGACACGCGACACGAUCAGCACCCUGGGACUGUCGAACUAAAACCUGAGAUCUAACUUGUUUCUUUUGCGUAUCUUACCUAACAUCUAGUGCUAACAGAGCCCAACAUGUCUUCUUUCGGACGUACUUCCUCUCCAGUUCUUACCAUGUCGCCAAGUGCCGCUCAUCAAGGCGCGUUCGGCAUGUCUUCCUUCUCGCAUCACACUUCUCCUUUCAGCCGGGCCAAGGCGUUAGCUGCUUCUUCACCUUGGGCUCAGUCUUCGAUCUCGACCUCUUCAACAGCAGGCCGUAAGCGAUCGAGGGACGAGGCUGGCGUUAACCUCGAUGUCGAAGAGGCAAAGCUUGAGACCAUCGAGCCCGUCAAAGAGCCAGAGGAUGGCUGGAUAUACGGUGAGGGUAUGACGCUCAUCAAGUCCCCGUCGUCGUACGUGGCAGAAGCAGGUAAUCAAUCUGGUACCUGGGUCGAAGAAAAAGCGAACGCGGAGAAUAUCCGUAAGAACGAAGCAGCUCGUUUCCUUAACCAACAGUCACGACCAUCUCUAAGGAGCAGCAAAUCACAACGCUUAGAUAUGAACGCCAUUUCUAGGAACGACCAGCAGAUCAGCCAUUCCAGCCCAGCUCGCGACGUCCAUCCCACCGCAACCACACCUGGUUUAUCGGCAGGUACCAACGGCCAGCCCAUCAUCGACAACUUCACACUUCAUCUCGGCAUCGGAUGGAGCCGUCUUAGCGGCAGCGAGCACAUCCAAGCUGCCGCUCGCGGGUGGGCGAAGUACAUCGAAAACCAUUUCCCCGUCACCAAUGUCCGAAUCCAGCUAGAAAGCAAAGGUCUUCAAUCGUAUUUCGUCGAGGCGACGGAGGGUUUCUUCCUGUUCUCCGAGACUCUGCGACAGGGUCAGUUCAUCAGCAAAGAUAUGAACCAGGCAUUCGCCAAUUUAAAAACAUCACCGCCAACUUUCGAAGGAGCCGAAGUCAUGACAGCUGCAGAAUCACCUAAGCCAGUCGAUAUCGCGGCAUUCCCACAAGUCGCACCAAUCCAUACUGACGUUGAAAUGGACAUGAGCUAAACUGCUGAACGGAGAAGGUCACUGAUUGCUUUUGAUGUAGGACAAUGCCGGCGUAGCUUGGCGAGAGGUAACUUUGGAAUUGACAGGUACGGACUGGGGUGCGUUCGAAUUAAUAUUUUUUUUUCACGGGUUUAACGGCUUCCCCUACAC